AUGGAAAGGCAGGAGGACCACCAAGGUCGAGAUGACGCGGAUGAUCGCGCCAUCUCGACCCUAGUGUUACCGCCGCCUCCUGGGCAAGGGCAACGCCAACAGGACACCUACAUCGUCCAAUUCCCAAAGGACCAAGUCUACCACGUGCCGCCGCGCGAGAAUGCCCUCAUCGCCGAGAAAUACCGCAACCCAACAAAACCAAAGAAAAGAGAAUGCAAUUGCGGUUGCCUCUCUCCCCGUGUGUUGAUCACCACCGCCAUAAUAAUCAUCUCCAUCCUCGCCAUUGUUGGCAUUACCCUUGCCACCUUGUUCUUAAUCUACAAACCAACCAAACCCAAAUUCGAGGUCACCCAUAUUUCAGUGAAGACCGUGCGCGGUGGCAAGAAUUCGCCACCACCGCCACCGCACUACGAGAUUACGUUGACGGCCCACAACCGCAACAAGAAGUUGGGGCUGCAGUACGCCAACAAUGCGGACAUUUCUAUGACGACGUUCGAGAAUACUAAGGUUGCAAGGGGAACGUGGUUCCCAGCGCUGAAACAAGAGAAAGGUAAUUCAACGGAAGUUAAUAUUAAUCUGACGGGGACGAGUGAACGGUUGCAUAGGGCAUUGGAGAAAUCGAAGAAUGUUACUCUGGAUUUGGAUAUGAAACUUUGGGUAAAGAUGACAACCGUGAGAAUGAAGACAGGGCCUCUCGAGUCUAAGAUUGCAUGCAAGAUUAUGGUUAGCAAUCUUGGCAACAGUACCAAGAUCUUGUCACAGGAUUGUGGCACUCAGAUCAAGAUUGGUUAG